AUGGCUGGCUCCAGAAAUUAUGACUUUCUUAUCAAACUCCUCCUUAUAGGCGACUCGGGCGUAGGCAAGUCGUGCUGUCUGCUGCGCUUCAGCGAAGACUCGUUCACACCCUCGUUCAUCACCACCAUCGGCAUCGACUUCAAGAUCCGCACGAUUGAGCUUGACGGCAAGCGCGUAAAGCUGCAGAUAUGGGAUACGGCAGGCCAGGAGCGCUUCCGGACCAUUACCACGGCCUACUAUAGGGGUGCCAUGGGUAUUCUGUUAGUCUACGACGUUACCGACGAGAGGAGCUUCACCAACAUUCGCACAUGGUUCGCCAACGUUGAACAACACGCCACCGAGGGUGUCAACAAGAUCCUCAUUGGCAACAAGUGUGAUUGGGAAGAGAAGCGCGCUGUCUCGACAGAACAAGGCCAGGCUCUCGCUGAUGAGCUUGGAAUUCCCUUCCUCGAGGUCUCUGCAAAGAGCAACAUCAAUGUUGACAAGGCCUUUUACAGUUUGGCUGGCGAUAUCAAGAAGCGGUUGAUCGACACUGCGAGGACAGACCAGACUGCCACGCCAAAGGUGGACGUCAGCGGGCAGGACGGUGGUAAUGCGGGCAUGGGCGGCAAGUGCUGUUAA